AUGUCUUCAUCGGGCAAUGCCUACGCUGCGGAACCAGCCUAUCCGAUUCUGGCUCAUACACUACUGUCCAGUCAUACCACGACGUCUAGGAUACCAGAGCAACCAGAGGAGUCAGAUCAGUCAUCUAUCUGGAAUCUAAGAAAGGACAUCGAAGAGGCAUUCGAAGGCCCAUCCAGUGUUUUCCGCUGUGGCAGAGUAAUCGGAUUCUCGAGACUGAAGAAAAGAGUUCAAGAAGACGAUGACCAGGAUUUCAUCGGCCAGCUCCCCCGCUACCUCCUCGCAAAACACCUCCGCAACACACCAUCCUCCCCACAACCAAAAGCCUUCAUAAUUCAUCCACCAACCUUCGACCCCUUCUCCCCAAAACAGCUCCUGACUUCUCUUCUUGCUUCACCCGCAACACCACCUCCCUCCCGCAACGAAGCAAUAGCCCUCCUAGACCACGUCCAGCUCCUCCCGGUCUUCGACUUCCGCGCCGCAGUGCAGGCCAUCCGCCAAGUCGUGGAUGCCCUGCAAUCAGCCUCAGUAUCUACUGGGGAGGGCGAGCGCGAGGACCAGCCCACUCGCACACUCCUCCUCAUCGCAGGCCUCGAUACACUAACCGAGGAUAUCAUCCGCGCCUCGAACCCCGUGAAGGGGGCUGCGGCGCUGACUGCCGCGCUGCGAACGCUGACGCAGCUUUCAAGGGCGCAUGGCUCGAACCUUGCUGUGAUGCUUGUUAAUACGCGGGGACUUGGACCUGCGCCUGGCUUUCGCCCUGGGACUGGAGCCGGGGCUGGGGUUGAAAGGCAGCAAUCGCGAGUGGACUUGCGGGUGCCGGUGGAGGAUGAGGGCGUCCACUCUAUGUUUCAUGCGGAGACGUCGACACCGCUGUUGCCGAGUUUGUUGAUGAGGACCCUAGAUCAGGGUAUUGAUACGCAUGUUCUGGUUUCGAUGGUGAAAGAGGAUUGCAUUGUGGAGGUUAUCAAGGAUCGGGUGGGAGAGGGUGUGGGGAGGUGGUGUAUUUGGGAUGAGAACUCCGUGAACGUUUGA